AAUCUACAGCGAGGGAUGUCAACCGCAGUUAUCCAAAAAGAUACAGCGAAGGAGAUUGAGCAGCUCUUUGCUGCGAAACAAGAAACCGCCUACUGGGAGGAAAGUUAUAACGGUUUACUGCUGGAACACGAGGUCUUUCAGAACAAUUUCAUGGAGUUACAAGACAAAUUAGUCGGAAUGCAGGAAGAGUAUGAAAACUCACAGAAGGAACUUUUGAGUUGCAGCAAAAAUUAUAGCAUCAAGGUAUGUAAAUUGGAGAUGCAGCUACAGAACGCAAGAAAGGAAAGAGAAAACCUUAAGACUCAGCUUAAUGAAUCACGCGACGAACUUCGCGAAGGCAAAGAACUGAACUCUUUGCUACAGAAGGAAGUUCUCAAGAUACAGCACCAAGCAGAUAGCCAUAAAGAAGAACUUGUGAGCAAACAAACACAAGUGGAAAAGCUUGAAAAUGCCAAUAGAGACCUUGUGUCAAAAAUUGCUGAUCUGAAUAGGCAGAUUUCCCAACGGAGAAUGGCCUUUGAAUCGCGUGCAGAGAAAGGUACAGAUGUUGAAACCGAGCUAAGUUGGUUUCAGUCAAAAUUUAAUGAGUUACUUGCAGUUUUGGAAUCUUUGAAAGCGGAAGAUUAUGGCCAUCAAAGAGACUAUUUGGUUGCUCCCGUUAAAGAGCUUACCACAAAAGAGACUGAUGAGGAGACGCUAGACAGAAUCACGGAGCUGGAAUUGGAAAAUUCAAAAUUGCGUGGCACCAUUGCUGAACUAUUAUCAGAUAUGUCUGCGCAAGAAGGAGAAGGAUUGAACAUGGAACCCAUCUAUGCUCAAGAUGAUAUAGAACAGCUCACACAGAGGCUAGAAAAAUCUUCGAUACAAAUUAGUCAAUUAGAAAGCAGUUUCGAAGCAGCAAUUUGCGAGGGAGAUGAUUUACGAGAAGAACUUUCAUCAUCUGAACGAAGAAUGUCUCAGGCAAAAGAUCUACUACAGAAUGUUGAGGAUGCCAAUUAUGAACUCGAAGAGAAGAUGGCAAACAUGCAAAGAAAAAUUAUCAAUUACCAGCGAGAUGCUGAGAGCGCAUUGAGGCUGAACACAGACCUUAAAGCUGAGCUUGAAGAGGAAAGGUCAAAAGCCAAAAGGUUAAACACAGAGGUUACAAAGCUGAAACAUCGUUUCGAUGAACUUGAAAGAAAUACGGACUUAAAACAGGGAGAGAUCCGUGAUAAAGAUGAAAUCAUUAAGAAUUUGACGGCAUCAUUGGCAGCGAACAAGUUGAGGACUGAUUCUCUUCUGGGUGAGUUGAACAAGAUUCAAGCCCAAAUAGAAAUCUCAGUGGAGGAAAAAAUAGAAAUGCAAGACGAACUUUUCGAAGCACAGAAGAGAAUUCAAGAUGCGGAUACGCAUACUCGACUGAUUACCGAAGAGAACGGGGACCUAAGCCGUGAGGUACGGCGGUUUUAUCAGAGAUUAUCUGAGCUUAAAGCUUCGUACAAAACUUGCGAGCACGAAAAGUUCGAUUUUCAGCAACAGGCCAUGGCUUUGCAGGAGAGGGUUAGUAAACUGGAGGCUGAGAUAGACAAAACUAUUAAGUUACCCUUCAACUUCAGCUUCAUCUGGGGACACUAACUCUGGAAUAUGUUGCGACUUACGA